CCCCGUCUCAGCCCUGUCUGCAGAGGCCCGCCUUCCUCCCCGUCCAGAGCCCAGGGGUUGCUGUGGCCGCAGCGUCCCGCCUCUCUCUGGGGGCCUCCCCAGGCGUGGACCUCUGAAGCUAUCGACAGCGUCUGGCUCUUCUGAGCUCCAGUGGGCGAGGGCCUGCAGGUUUCCUCCAGCUGGGGAGGACGCAGAGCGGAGGCGGAGGCAGAAGCAGUUUCAGGCCCUAGGCCCGGCGGGCUGGGUCGGGUGAAGCGCGGCCAUCAUUCGCCAUCCAGGGCGCGCGCGGCCCUCCUGGGACUUCGCCGGCGACCCGUAGCUCGGGCACGCGCCUGUCGCAGCCCGCAGGAAGGAGGGGUCCAGCCUGAGGCCGGGCCACCAUGGAGAUCCCCUCGGCCCAGGGCCGGCGUCUGGGGCCUUGGGGGCGGCCCUGAGGCCCUGACCGCCCUCCUCCCUGCCCGGCCUGGAUCGCUGACCUGCCCCACGCGGCAUUCGGCCACCUCUGCGUCUCCGCCCUCCCCUGGCCGCGCUGCUGCCUGGGCGCGGCGGCGGCGGCGGCGGCGCCCUGUUGAAUGGGCUGUGAGGGCCCAGGUUUGAAGCGCUGGCGAACGCGGCCUCCAGGGGCGCAAGGCAGCAGCAGCGGUGGCGACCAAACGGGUGUUGGAGUUGGCAGCGGCCAUGGAGGGCCUGGCUGGCUAUGUAUACAAGGCGGCCAGCGAGGGCAAGGUGCUGACUCUGGCCGCCUUGCUUCUCAACCGGUCUGAAAGCGACAUCCGCUAUCUGCUUGGCUAUGUCAGCCAGCAGGGAGGGCAGCGCUCCACGCCCCUCAUCAUCGCAGCCCGCAAUGGGCACGCCAAGGUGGUGCGCUUGCUGUUAGAACAUUACCGGGUGCAGACUCAGCAGACUGGCACUGUCCGCUUCGACGGGUAUGUCAUUGAUGGUGCCACCGCUCUUUGGUGUGCAGCAGGGGCAGGACAUUUUGAAGUUGUUAAGCUUCUAGUCAGUCAUGGAGCCAACGUGAACCAUACCACAGUAACUAACUCAACCCCCCUACGGGCAGCAUGCUUUGAUGGCAGAUUGGACAUUGUGAAAUACUUGGUUGAAAAUAAUGCCAACAUCAGCAUUGCCAACAAGUAUGACAACACCUGCCUAAUGAUUGCAGCAUAUAAAGGACACACUGAUGUGGUCAGAUACCUUUUAGAACAACGUGCUGAUCCAAAUGCUAAAGCACAUUGUGGAGCCACAGCAUUGCACUUUGCAGCUGAAGCUGGGCACAUAGAUAUUGUGAAGGAGCUGAUAAAAUGGCGUGCUGCUAUAGUAGUGAACGGCCAUGGGAUGACGCCAUUAAAAGUAGCUGCUGAAAGCUGUAAAGCUGAUGUUGUCGAACUGUUGCUCUCUCAUGCGGAUUGUGACCGAAGAAGUCGGAUUGAAGCUUUGGAGCUCUUGGGUGCCUCCUUUGCAAAUGACCGUGAGAACUAUGACAUCAUGAAGACAUACCACUAUUUAUAUUUAGCUAUGUUGGAGAGGUUUCAAGAUGGUGAUAACAUUCUUGAGAAAGAGGUUCUCCCACCAAUCCAUGCCUAUGGGAAUAGAACUGAAUGUAGAAAUCCUCAGGAACUGGAAUCCAUUCGGCAAGACAGAGAUGCUCUUCAUAUGGAAGGCCUUAUAGUUCGGGAACGGAUUUUAGGUGCCGACAACAUUGAUGUUUCGCAUCCCAUCAUUUACAGGGGAGCUGUUUAUGCAGAUAACAUGGAAUUCGAACAGUGUAUCAAAUUGUGGCUUCAUGCCCUGCACCUCAGACAGAAAGGUAACAGGAAUACCCAUAAGGAUCUUCUUCGAUUUGCCCAAGUUUUUUCACAGAUGAUACAUUUGAAUGAAACUGUGAAGGCCCCAGACAUAGAAUGUGUUUUGAGAUGCAGUGUUUUGGAAAUAGAACAAAGUAUGAACAGAGUAAAAAAUAUUCCAGAUGCUGACGUCCACAGUGCUCUGGACAAUUAUGAAUGUAAUCUCUAUACUUUUCUGUAUUUAGUGUGCAUUUCCACCAAAACACAGUGCAGUGAAGAAGAUCAGUGCAAAAUUAACAAGCAGAUCUACAACCUGAUUCACCUUGAUCCCAGAACUCGUGAAGGUUUCACCUUGCUGCAUCUAGCUGUCAACUCGAAUACCCCAGUUGAUGAUUUCCACACCAAUGAUGUCUGCAGCUUUCCAAAUGCGCUUGUCACAAAGCUCCUGCUGGACUGUGGUGCUGAGGUGAAUGCUGUGGACAAUGAAGGGAACAGUGCCCUUCACAUUAUCGUUCAGUACAACAGGCCCAUCAGUGAUUUUUUGACCUUGCACUCUAUCAUCAUUAGCCUAGUUGAAGCUGGCGCUCACACCGACAUGACAAAUAAACAGAAUAAGACUCCGCUAGACAAAAGUACAACUGGGGUAUCAGAAAUACUACUUAAAACUCAAAUGAAGAUGAGUCUCAAGUGCCUGGCCGCCCGGGCAGUUCGGGCUAAUGACAUUAACUACCAAGACCAGAUCCCCAGAACUCUUGAAGAGUUUGUUGGAUUUCAUUAAGUGACUGGAUAUGUAAAAUCAUUUAAUGUGGUGCUAAAAAUGUAAAGGACUUUAAUCACAGACAAUAGAAUUAUGUGUUCAUGAAAUCUGCUUUUCUUUCCACUACCCUUCCUCCCUACUCCUCCUUCCUUAGUUUUGUAUUUGGUCUUCUUGCCUCAUAUGAUUACUGAUUUCAAAUACACUUUAAACAAAACCACAUUGUUUAGGUGUAACUAUAAUCUAAGGUGUUUGGAUAUUGGUCACUUAACUUUCUUUUUUUUAAGGAAUGAAUAUAAAAUAUUUUGUUUAUGUAACAAGGGCCCUUAUGAUUUGAAGUUGAUAAUUAAAAAAAAAAACUGCCUAGAAAAGUAUUUCUGUUAAGCCUGUGUCAGCAUGUUAUUCUCUGCAGCAGUUUUGAGGAUUUCAUGAAGAAAAACAACGAAAAGGAACAUUAAAAGUAAUGGAAUAUCUAGAUGUUCUGCACAUGCCAAACUGCUAUAGGUAGUUUUCACUCUUCCAUUAUUUAUGUGAAGAGAUCAAUGCAUUAUAACAUCAGGAGGAUUUUUAAAAAUAUAACUGCAGAUUAAUCUGAAAAAUGUGUUAACUUAAUAAUAGUUAUAAAUUUAUAAAGUUAAAUCCAUUGAAAUUGUUGAAUUAUGCUGGGUGGUACAUACAUAGCAGUAAUCUUAAAGCAACUUUUCAGAGAAUAUUGAUGAACUAUUUGCCUUUGAGCUUGGAUUCUAAAAUGUGUGGAAGUCUCUGUUUUAAUGUAAUUAAUCUAAAUUGCAGCAGUCUGCAUUUGACUCAGCUCACAGACAUGUAAAAAUUAUGAAUGCUGUGUUCUCUCUUAGGAAACAAAUUGUCACAAUAUAGUUAUAUGUUCUUCUUUUGUCCCCUUCUCCCUUUCCUCUUGUGCGGUAUCUUUUAAAAUUGGAAACUACUUUUCCAGAGGGCAUUAUUUGUGCCUCCCUAAGAAGGUUUUUAAUGACAGAUGAAAAGGAACUGGGAUAUUUUUAAUUUUUUUACUUUAUUCAGUCUGUAACAAGUAGAAAAAUCACUAGUGUGGUAUAGGAAAUUCAAUGUUUUUGAUAAUAAAAAUAAUUCUCAAUGCCAUGUGGAAAGAUUAUUUCUGCCUGAGGGCAGCAAAUUUUGGAACCACAAAAUGUCGCUUAUUCCGACAGGCUGUACAGAGGUCUUUAUGGGUUUUUUUUGUUUUGUUUUGUUUUAAUGGCAACAUUGUAAACUGUCAAAGGAAUAUUCUGUGAUUAUCUUUUUUUUUUUUUUGCGGUACGCGGGCCUCUCACUGUUGUGGCCUCUCCCGUUGUGGAGCACAGGCUCCGGACACGCAGGCUCAGCGGCCAUGGCUCACGGGCCCAGCCGCUCCGCGGCAUGUGGGAUCUUCCCGGACCGGGGCACGAACCCGUGUCCCCUGCAUCGGCAGGCGGACUCUCAACCACUGCGCCACCAGGGAAGCCCUGUGAUUAUCUUUUAAGCAUCACAGAAAUUCAAGUAAAGGGUACACACCUAUUUCUUUCAAUGUUAAAAAUGAUAAAAUUAGCUAUAUCUGUAUUUUUCUCUCUAGUGCCAAAUGAAUGCCUUAGCUACUCAUAGUGCAUGGUACUGUAAGUGAAGACCUGCAGCUUUUUUUCUUUAAUGAAAAGCAUUAUAAUGAUGCAGCAACAUCAGAUAUAAACUAAAAAAAACCCAACAAAAACCACUGGUAAGGUUUCAGUUAACAUUUUAUGUAUGGAUAUUGCUUUGUGAAGUGUAAGAAAAAGGUUGCAGCCGGAUCAGUAUAAAACAUAAUGACUAAGCCAAAAUCAGCACCUAGGGCCUUAAAUAAAAUAGGUACCCCAUGAAAUGAAACACUCUGAAGGACAGGAGGGAAUGGAUGGGGGUACUUUAAAAACUUCUUCCCCCAAGAACGCAAGAUAAUUUUACUGUGCUGUUAUACUUCACAUGUCUUCUUGCUUCAGUUAGGAAUGUUUUGAUGGUAAAUUCUGUCAUAGUAAUAUAUUUCUGUUUUCCUAACCUGAGAUUUUUACAAGGAAGGUUUUUUAGGAUGGUCUAAAGGGAGGUAUUUGAAUGAGCCCUAAUUUGAAAAUUACUGGCCUUGAUCUUCCUGGUGUGAAUCAGGGAACUACUAUACCUUGCUCUUGGCAACUCUCAUGAAAGAGAAAAUGCUCAUCCUCCAGGUGAGUGAAUCACGCCUUUUUCACAGCUCAGAUCAGACCCUGUAUUUUUCAGACUUCAAGGCCUGCUUAUUUGACAGUCUGAGGAAUAGCUAUGAUACUUGGUAUUUACUUGGUUCCAUUAUUAAUGCAUAUGAUUUUUAAACAUCAAAACUUAAAAUAUCAGAUAAUGUUGCAUGUUUUAAAAACCAUUUCAUCCCUUUGGCUACCCAGGACGAGAACUAUUUUAGAUAUUACUUACUUAUAAAACGAGGAUAAUGAUUAUCUGUACAUAUUCAGACAUCAAAAUUUAAUGACACUCAGUGUUUUUGAGAAGGGAGGACUGAAUGCUGGAGAGAGUAAAAUUGCUGCUUGAAAUGCUGACAAAGCUGGAGAAAGAAUUUGAAGACAAGCGGAAUGGACUAUGAACUUUGAUAAUGGUAACCGAGAUUUUUUUUUUUUAAACUAUAGUAUAGCGGUACAUUGUGCACUGUAUUGCUAAGGAUCUAAUUCUGUCUUGUAAAACGAAUCCAAAUAUGUAUUGUGAAACACCUGUAUAAAACCAUUCUUGAAACAAGUGAUUACAUGCCUUUUUUUUUUUUUUGGUAGAAUUAUUUUAAAAUCUGUUUAGCCAAACCCUUCCCAAACUUAAGUUUUGUUUUGUUUUGUUUUUUUAAGAAAAUAAAUAAGAAAGGUGAUAGUUCUGUAUCUCAGCUGAGAACUCUGGGCUGUUGCCAUUUUUUAGCCACUUUUGUCAUUUUGUGUUUAUUGUUGGUAGAAUUAUGCUUUAGAUUGUACGUCUUCCUUGAUAACAUUACAAAUUCAAUCAAAACUUCUUGGUCUUGCUCAGUAAUUGUCAUAUAAAUUUAGUUAACUAGAGGCCCAGGUGGAUGAAUGCCUGGGCAAACCAUGUGAAACCUUGGGUGGGUUUUGCACUUAAGAGUUGGUAAAAUUGAACUCUUGAGUUUAGGUAACUAUUUAAGUCAAGGAAUGGGCAGCAAAUCCAUCCUUCAACUGAUCAGAAAGGAAAUUUUGACAUAAGAACUCGGACACAACAUUAUUUUCAGUCUACCCUGGAUUGCUCUCAAGUAGGCCACAGUCCAGCUACCUUAAGGUUCUUUGCUGUGGGCACUUCAGACAAACAAAGCAAAAAGCAAACUUUGGUCUUGCUUGUUUCUGGGAAGGGUUUUCUUGCAUUACCCUGAUCAUUGAUUAAUAACUGUAAUCAUGAGAAGCUUAGGCAAUGAUAGCACUGUUUGAAGUAAAGUGUGAUGUGGGGGCAGCAGCUCCGUGAGUGUCAGCUCUGCAUUUGGCAAGUGGUUUUGAAAAUCAGAAUCACAGGGGAACAGUACCCUGUCACUAGUCUCCAUCUCAGCUGAGGAAUAAGGCCACUUUAGGUUAUUCAAGCAGAAGCAUUUCUUUCUGGGGGAAGGGGCAGGGUGAGGAAUGAGUUGCUGGGCCUUGGAUUAGUUUGCUGGUUUUAGAAGCAGCCAGUGAUGGAACUAGAAAGUAGAUGGAUAAAAGUAUAAAGGACUUGCUUUUAUGGUAGGUUUUCUGUAAAAACCUUAAAUGUUCCUUUUCAGGCUAGCCAGAUAUAUCAGUGUACAGAUGACUAUUCCGUUUCCCUCACUGACUAUACUAUCACAUUAAAAUGGGUUAGAGAAAACAAACCUCUGCCUUUUGCUCUAUGAAAAGUUAUUAGUCCGUAAGAUUUUAAGCUGUUUGUUGACUCCGACUCUGCAGAUGCACAGCCCUGCUCUGGAUACCUUCUCUGGAAAGUAGAGAGCUCCUAAUGUGUAUGGCACAUUGCCGAGCUUUCUCAUACAUUCCUGGCAGACUUGCCCAAAUCUUCAGGUGGGCUGGGUUGUACAAUACCUUCUACAAAUAUGGGAUCUGAAAUAAAUACUACAUGGAUAGUGGUGAUAUAUUAAUUUUUAAAACUGUAAAGUAAAUGUGGUCUCUAGUCCUAGGUUUGUGGUGUGUUCAUUUGUGUUAAUAUAUAGGAAAGGGACACUGACUUGAUGGUUAUGGGGAGUGUAUCUUGAUGUGUGUGCAGGGGUGAGAAGUGCUAAAUUGUUAACAGCUUUUCAUUUAGGGGUGAGUCAUGUGGUGAGUGGCCUAAUCAGAAAAAUGAAGGAGCAAGGAUGUAAGCUUCAUCCAAGCAAUGCACAAGGUUUUGUAACUUUUUUUAAUCAGGUGUUGUAAAAUUUGUGCAUGGCCUUUUUUUGUUGUCGUUGCUUAGUAAUUGGUAGAGGAGAAAAGAUGAGGGAAAAUAACCUCAGCUUUGCUAACCAAUCAAGUAUAUAGCUGGGGAGUAAACUCUGACUGGCUUAACGUGUUGAAAGAUCCUAUCCUUUAUAAUAUUCACCCCAUCCUGCAAUCUUCCACGUAGAGGAAUUACAUUGUUGUAUUCUAGUAAUUCACUGUGAUUUAUAACAAACCAGUGAUGUCAUUCUAUUGUGCACUUUUGUCAAACCAUUUACAUGACUUUAAUAAACAUAGUGAACUUGCUGACUGCACCAGAGGCCUGUUAGUGAUUUAUAUAUUGCAUGACAUUUUCUAUUUGAGUUUGACAUGUAGAAUCAUUUUUAGUUUCGUGGUAACUGACAGUCCUAAUAGCCCAGCUAAUUUGAAACUAACAAUAUUGCUGUGUAAUAGGAAAAAA